GCUGAAGGGCUGGCCCGUGUCUGGCGGCCAUGACGAGGCGGGACCGCUGGUGGGCGGCCUGCUCGCUGCUGCCGCCGCUGCUGCUGCUCUUGUUGGCGGCGGCGCCCCCCUCGGUGCAUGGCCUCUGGCCGUCGGCGCUCCGCCAGCAGCCCGGCUCGCCGGCGUCGUCGCCGUCGGGGGCCGCGGCACAGGAGCUGCGCCAGGCGCCCACGGCCAAUGGCACGGCUAACAGCACCGUGCCGGAGAAGCCGGCCAUCUUCACCGACCCGUCCACCGAGAGGUUCAUCCACAUGGCCGUCAACAGCUACACAGGACAGGUGUACAUCGGUGCCGUGAACGCCAUCUACCAGCUGUCGAGCAAGCUUGAGCUUCAGGCGCGAGCCGUCAUGGGUCCCGAGAAGGACGACCCGGGCUGUCCCGUGACGCGCUUCUGCCCGUCCAUCACGAAGAAGUACCACGACUAUUACAACAAGGCGCUGGUUAUCGACUACCCGCAGAGCCGGCUCAUUGCGUGCGGCUCGCUCUUCCAGGGAGUGUGCACCGUGCACAGCCUGGAGAACAUCACCAACUACCGGACGCCCGCCAACGAGUCCGUGGUGGCCAACAACGCGACCGCCUCGACGGUGGCCUUCAUCGCCAACGGGCCCGAGCGGCUCUCUCGCAUGCACGUCCUCUACGUGGGCGUCACGUUCACGGGCAACGGACCUUACAGGUCGGACGUGCCCGCGGUGUCGUCUCGAAGCCUGGACUUGAGCAACGACACCUUCUCGAUCGCCGUGACGGGCGUCUCGACGGGCACCAAGGUGUUCGUGAACAGCCUCGCGCGCGAGGUGUACCCCAUCACGUACGUGUUCGGCUUCAGCUCCCGCGGCUUCUCCUACUUCCUGACCGUGCAGAAGCAGUUCACCGAGGAGCCCAAGCCGUACAUCUCGAAGCUGGUGCGCAUCUGUCAGAACGACGUGCACUACUACUCGUACACCGAGGUGGCGCUGGUGUGCCAGACGCCCGACGGCAUCCACUACAACCUGGCGCAGGCGGCGUUCGUCGGCAAGCCGGGCUCCGAGCUGGCCGUCUCGCUCGGCAUCACCGCCCAGGACGAAGUGCUGUUCGUGGUGUUCGCCAAGAGCCGCGACGAGACGGACGUGUACAACCGGCCCAGCCAGAAGUCGGCGCUGUGCGUGUACGCGCUCACCGCCGUGCACCGCAAGUUCACGCAGAACAUCAACGACUGCUUCAACGGCCAGGGGGUGCGCGGACUGGACUUCAUCAACCCCAGCAACCCGUGUCAGGACACGCAAGUGCAAAUCAACGAUGACUUCUGCGGCAUGGACGUGAACACGCCGCUCGACGGCAGCAAGCCGGUGAACGCGACGCCCGUGCUGACCUACUCCAACGUGCUGCUCACAUCGGUGGCGGCCGUCUCCACUCACGACUACACGGUCGCCUUCCUCGGAACCUCCAACGGACACCUCAAGAAGGCCGUGGUGGAAUCCGUGACCAACGCGUUCGAGUACAGCGACAGCGUCAUCGAAGAAGGCAAAGCGGUCAACUCGGACAUGCUGUUUGACAAGAACGGCGAGCACCUCUACGUCAUGACCGAGCGAACGGUGACAAGGGUGAAAGUCCAGGAGUGCCACCAAUACAAGACUUGCAUAGACUGUCUUGGUGCUCAAGACCCGUACUGCGGCUGGUGUUCCCUAGAAAACAAGUGCAGCCUUAGGAGCAACUGUGCCGAGGCUGCCCAGGACCCGCUGUACUGGCUUUCGUACAAGAGUGGCAAGUGCACCACUAUCACCAGUGUGCAGCCCGCGCAGAUUCAAAGAACUACUGCCCGCAUUUUGAGCCUGGUGAUAGGCAACCUUCCUGUGUUGGACGGCCAGUUCUUCUGCGCCUUCACAGCCUUCUCCAAGACUCUGGAGACCAAUGCCACACGCUUGACCAACGGUGUCAGCUGCCCCACCCCGCACACGGACUCUCUGCCGCCAAUCCCUCCGGGCGAACAUCAUUUCACGGCCAAGUUGUCUGUGAGGAUGAAGAGCAACCCGGACUUUGUAGCGACCAACUUCACCUUCUACGACUGCAGUACCUACACUUCGUGCACCCAGUGUGUCUCCAGUCCUUUUCCUUGCGACUGGUGUGUCGGUGGGCACCGCUGCACUCAUGACACGGGCGAAAAUUGCCGCAACGACAUCCUCGUCACGGGUGUAUCGAGCGUGGGACCAAGCAUUCGGUCAGGACCUGGGUUCUGCCCACGUAUUAAUGCGACCACCGGCAUUUCCACCGAGAUCCUUGUGCCAAUGGGCAUCAACAAGCGCAUUCAAGUCAAGGUUGAAAAUAUUCAGCCUUUUAUCGCCUCUACAAGAUUUGUGUGCCAGUUCAACAUUGAAGGCAGAGUGAAACAAGUGAACGCUCAACUUCUAGGAGACACGAUAUAUUGCGAAAACAUGCAGUUUAACUACGGCACACAAGCCCCUAAUAUCACAGCUGCGUUUGCAGUCAUCUGGGAAGGUAGCAAGCCCUUGGACAACCCCGAGCAUAUCCACGUUCUCGUGUACCGGUGCGAGAACAUGUCGGAGAACUGUGGCCUCUGCCUGGAACUCCCCGAGAAGUACGCGUGUGGUUGGUGUCAGCAGAGCAACUCGUGCAAGGUGCAGGAGCAGUGUGACGGCCACGCCACCAAGUGGCUGGAGCGCACGCAGACCUGCCCCGACCCGCAAAUCACCAGGAUCUACCCAACCUCGGGGCCCUGGGAGGGUGGCACCAACAUCACCAUCGAGGGCUACAACCUCGGCCGAGUCUUCCAGGAUAUCCAGAACGGCAUCCACGUGUCCAAGGAGGUCAACGGAGUCUCCCUUGCCCAAAUUCCCUGCAUCCCCCACAAGGACUUGUAUGUCAAGACUACUAGAAUUGUGUGCGAGAUCGAGAGCCCUCGAAACCUGACGACGAGCCCCCCGAGUGGCACCAUCUCGGGACCCGUCAUUGUCAAGGUCCUCAACGACUACACGGCCAAGUCGAGGCAGAAUUACUCUUUCGUGAACCCACGAAUUACCUCGAUAAACCCGAGCAAGGGGCCGAAGUCUGGAGGCACGAGGUUGCUCAUCUGGGGUCUGCACAUGGACGCUGGCAGUCAUGCUGAAGCGUUUGUUGGGGGAAUGCCCUGCCAAAUCAUCACGCGGGAGCCAAACGUGGUGAGCUGCAACACCAGCGCCUCCACCACAUUCAACGAGGGCAAGGUGAGGGUCAAGUUUGACAAAGGGCUGCGUCUUUUUGAGGACUACAUCUACCUCUACGUCGAGGAUCCCGAGAUUGAGAAGGUGGAGUCUGGCUCUGCCAGGCACUCCAGCGUCCCACGAGGAAUUCCAAGUGGUGGCAUCACGGUGACUGUCAAGGGUCGAAACUUGAACGCAGUUCAGGAGCCGAUGAUGUACAUCACUCUCGACGGCGAGGAACACUACAGUAGAUGCAUCCCAGACUCGGCCCAGCAGAUGAAAUGCAAGAGCCCGGCGGUCCCCAAGGACAAGCUCUCCUUCGGGGGCAACCCAGACGUCCCCGUGGAGCUGGAGUACGGCUUCCGCAUGGACGCCGUCGAGCAAGUGCGAAAUCUGUGGUCCACAAAGGGCUUCCCACCUUUCCAGAUGUUCCUAGACCCUGAGUAUUUCCCCUUCACGGAGAAGGACCAGAUCAAGUACUACAAGAGCGACUACCUUACCAUCAACGGUAACAACCUGGACCGGGCAUGCCAGGAGUCUGACGUGAUUGUGCGCAUUGGGACCAGCAUCUGUAAUGUGACUUCGCUGUCGCGGGUGCAACUCACCUGCCGUCCACCGACGGACCAACCGCCAGCCCAGGACAGGAAUGGCAACCCUGACCGUAACCAGAUCCCACAAGUCGUGGUGGAGGUCGGUGACAAGCUCAAGUUCAUGAUUGGCCGGCUGAGCUAUGACAUCCCCGUGGGGCCCGAGAGUGCAGUGCCUGUGCCGGCCAUCAUUGGGGUCAGCGUGGGCGUCGGCGUACUCGUGGUCAUUGUGUUUGUCAUCCUCAUCGCAUACCGCCGCAAGUCUACCGAGAGCAGCCGCGUGCUCAAGACCAUGCAGGAGCAGAUGGAUGUGCUCGAGCUGCGCGUGGCCAGCGAGUGCAAAGAAGCCUUUGCCGAGCUUCAGACUGAGAUGACCGACCUCACGAGCGACCUGACAGCAGGGGGCAUUCCAUUCCUGGACUACAGGGCAUACACGAUGAAAGUUCUGUUCCCCAAUGUGGAGGAUCACCCUGUGCUUCGAGACAUGCAGAUCGACGCUGUGAAGAAACAGUACAUGGAGAAGGGGCUUUGGUAUUUUGGCCAGCUCGUCAUGAACAAGACCUUUCUCCUACUGUUCAUCCGAACUCUAGAGUCCAACCGGUACUUCUCAAUGCGUGACAGGGUGAGCGUUGCAUCGUUAAUCAUGGUGACUCUGCAGGGCAAGAUGGAGUAUUGCACAGACAUUCUCAAGACACUGUUAGCGGAACUCAUUGAAAAGUGCAUAGAAGGCAAAAGUCAUCCAAAGCUACUUCUACGAAGGACCGAGUCCGUAGCGGAGAAAAUGCUUUCAGCGUGGUUCACAUUUUUGCUCUAUAAGUUCCUACGGGAGUGCGCGGGAGAGCCGCUGUUUGUGCUGUACCGCGCCAUCAAGCAGCAAGUGGACAAGGGCCCAGUGGACGCCAUCACAAGCGAAGCACGCUACUCCCUCUCGGAAGAGAAGCUCAUCCGGCAGUCUAUCGACUACAAGAGCAUGACGGCCUACGUCUCGAUAGCACAGCUGAGCUACGAGCUCGGGGAGAACAACGAGACGCCUGUGAAGGUCCUCGACUGUGACACUGUGUCCCAGGUGAAGGAGAAAGGACUGGACGCCAUUUACAAGAACAUGCCCUCCUCCCAGCGGCCAAGCAAGGAUGACCUGGACUUGGAAUGGAGGACGGGCAAUUCAGGGCGCCUGAUCUUAUCGGACGAAGACUCUACAACCAAGACCGAAGGGGAAUGGAAGAGGAUGAACACCCUGGCCCACUACAGGGUGAAUGAUGGGGCAAACCUGACCCUGGUUCCCAAGCAGUCGUCCAUGUACAACCUUUCCAUCAUGUCCGAGAAGAUGGAGAAGUCUCACAAAUAUGAGACCCUGAACUUCUCGUUGAAAACGAGCCCACCACUCAGCCGGGCAACUUCUCCACUGAACCAUGAUCCAGAGACUGGUUACAAGUACUGGCACUUGGUGAAGCAUCAUGAUGGUGAGAACAAAGAAGGGGAGCGUGGAAACAAGAUGGUCUCUGAGAUCUACCUCACCAGGCUACUGGCCACAAAGGGCACCCUGCAGAAGUUUGUGGACGACUUGUUUGAGACGAUCUUCAGCACGGCCCACCGCGGCAGUGCCUUGCCACUGGCGAUCAAGUACAUGUUCGACUUCCUGGAUGACCAGGCGCUACAGCACGGCAUUACCGACCCCGAGGUGGUUCACACGUGGAAGUCCAACAGCCUUCCCUUGCGGUUCUGGGUAAACCUGAUCAAGAACCCGAACUUUGUGUUCGACAUAGUCAAGUCCAACAUAGUGGACUCGUGCCUGUCAGUGGUGGCACAGACUUUCAUGGAUGCCUGCUCAACGUCCGACCACCGGCUGGGCAAGGACUCCCCCAGCAGCAAGCUGCUCUAUGCCAAGGACAUUCCCAUUUACAAGGACUGGGUGGAGAGGUAUUAUCAGGACAUCAAAAUGAUGCCAGCCAUCAGUGAUCAAGACAUGAAUGCCAUGCUCGCAGAAGAGUCUAGGCUUCACGCUCACGAGUUCAACACAAAUGUGGCUCUGCACGAGUUGUACAAGUAUGCCUACAAGUACACAGAUCAACUGCUGCAGACAUUAGAGGAGGACGAAUUCUCCCAGAAGAACAAGCUGGCCCGGAAGCUGACCCAGGUGAAUGCCAUCAUGAACGGGGAGUCGGAAGCAUGACGGUUGCACUGGCACUCGGUGGACGUGUGACGCCAGCAAGGACCUCAACAAGCACCUCCUCUCUCCGCGGCGCCCGCGCGCGUCGUGCUUGCCACUCGGUCCCCGGCAGGCAACCUGCGUUCCCACUGCGGCGGCGCUUUUUGGUUUCUCCCGGCCCCUUCUCCGGCGAGCGUCUGGAGAUGGUGUGUGUCAACCCUCCACUGAAUGCCACGCAACAUUGACCCCCCCCCCCCCCGAUCGCCCCCGACCCUCUUUCAAGGUCUACUUCUCCGUGCCGUUCCCCCCGAGGCCUCCCUUAGGUCACCCUUCUCGACGCAAGGGCCACAAGGCACAGAGUGGUCUCGCUCGCCUCCUACAAUGACAUCGUUCAUUCCUUGUGUUGUGGUUCCCGUGCCGGAUGAUGUGUGCGAGCCGUGCCAUGACCGGGGUCGUCAGUGACAUUGGAUAGCCCCAACAUAGGAGCGAGAGCAAACGGCAGUUUUGACGACAUGGUGUGACUUGCCACGUAGGCAGAUCUGAACGCUCUGAAGGUCACUGUUAUUUUUCGUGUGUGUGUUGUAUCUCGUGUGGUUGCAGCUGUCCGAGCCAGAGGUGUCCUGCCCGCAAUCUUAUUGCAGUGACGUUUAUCAGGUGCACAUUUUUGCAUUUAGACAUAACAGCUGCGCUGGCUCUGAUAUUCCAGUUGGUUUUCAUAAGGUCUGCAGGUAACAUCGAUCGGAGGAGGAAUUUACACUGAACUGCAGUGCGAAGCAUCAUGUCGCAUGUUAUAUGACUUGUAUGGCACCAGUCGACUGUGAAUUCCUCACGUAAAUGUUUGUACUUUAUCAACAUUACAUUACAACACGGGCAGACAGAAUAUAGAGAUCGGAACAAGCAUACAGCUGUUACUCUUGACUGCAAAAGCUUGCACCUUUGUAAUGAACAUCACAUUGGUUAAAGUGCAUGUGUAAUGAUUCACAAACAGAUUAGCAAAUCAUUACCAUGUAUCACACAAUGAAGGUGGCAACAUUGACCACAGCUUGCCUUCUCAUUACCUUGUACUGUUUGGCAGUUAGCUAUCCUUGCACUUCUAAAGACCAUGCAAGCAGCGAGAAGAAGGUCUAAUGUGUGACGUCAUGUUGUGUUUGACGAUGCGUUCACGUCAAGAUGUAAGGGCCUGUUUUUUUUGUUUACCACAAACUAUGAGCACUUGGCAUCGGGCAGAGUAUUCUAAUGAUCAGACAUGCCGUAGUGUUUGUGUAAGUUCUAAAUCAAGUUUAAGGCCUAUUUCAUAGCUUAAUUGAUUUGAAGACUUAAUCAAGAGCUUUCCUGUUCGUAGCUGCAGUUGUACUUUGCCAGAUUCCGACACUUCACACAGUGCUGAUUCAGUAGUCUGUAACCUUUUGUGGAACAGCUGCUGAUCGUUCCGAGUGCCAUCUGCUGGAGUUGGCACAGUAAUAACACUAUUGACCAAAGCGAGCUGUGUCAUCAGAACUGCGUUUCUCUCUCAAUCCUAGCGGGCUCUUUGGAGAAAAAGGAACUCAUUUUUCCCAUAUUGCUUUCGCGCAGCUCUACACAGCGCUCCGAAUUUUGCGAGGUACACAAGGUGAAAGGCUGCUCGUAAGAACAGCAUUGUUAAGAUUUCGUCUUUUUUUUAUUGCUUUUAAUGGUCAUCGUUGUGCCACUUAGACUUAUUGUUACUUAGGUUAAUUGUGCAUUUCUUUUAGGAAGGAGAUGGCGCUAGUUUGAGUGCUAUAUAUCGUGAUUGUCCACUAUCUAACGCCGUAGGAGAGACUGUUGAGGUCAUACGCCAAAAUAAUUCUUUCAGAGUGAUUGUCUUUUCUUUAUUUUUUUUUUCAAAUACAAAAGAAAAGGAUUAUUUUACCCAGACAAUGCAGGCUGUGAUUGCAUGCACGAAAUUGUUUUAUGUGAAUUAACAAUACUGCCAGAGGGACUGGUGUCAGCCCUGCUUUAAUAUUAAGGCAUAUGUGAUUUUAAUUUUGUUUUGUGUUAGUUUUUUAGUUCAGUCUAGUACUUUGUAGAAAGACAUUUUGUGGUAAUGACUACUUCUUUUGCUUUCUUUUUUUUUGCAUUUUAGAAUUAGGCCUUCGGUUUUUAGAUUGUCAUUUAGGAAUACUUAACAUUGUUGCAUCCGAGUAGCCUUGUGGCUCGGAGAUGCGCCGUGAAACUGUGUCGGGAAGAAAUGUGUCGUUUCAAGACUUGUGCGUGUUGAAUGUGUUUCGAUUGCCCCCAACCUCCCUCCCCACCUCCUCAACACUGCACUGUGGAUAUGACGUCUAUUAGACCUACAUAUCAGCACCUGCAAGGCUCAGCCAAAACCUCUCACUCAUGUGCGGACCUUGCCUUUCAAGGCCACUCUCGUGACUGAGCGUGUGUUGUGUGCGUGUGCGGAUGCGUGCUCACUCCGCCGAAGAACACCGCAGGAUUGACAGCAUCGUCUUCUGGAAGUUAGCAAAGAACUGCUACGGGACUGUUUUCAGAAAAACUGUGUCAACUAGUGCUGCGCGGUAUCGCGAGAAAAAAAAACUUCUUUGAGUGUUGUGUGUGUGCGUGUGUGAGUGGAGUUGAGGAGAUUGAAAGCUGGACUUCACUGUGUGCUCUGCUCACUAGGCUUAACAAACAAACAUAAAGAACUGCAAAGGUGCUGUUGCGAAAGCUCCUUUUUGCCUGCUCAUUGGCAAAAGGAAGAAAGCCAGGGACGGGCUUUAAAAAAAAAGGUUCUUUCUCAUCCGCAUUCAUUUUAAGUCUCGAGUGUAGUAGUGAUGAGGUUGGCUGUGUCCGAGAGCCGCCUACUGGAAGUAUUUCUAAAAAUAUCCCCGCCAACGGCGUUUACCAUUUGAUUAACAGAUGGCACUGCCAUAACUGGCAUUUACUCACACAGAAAACAAAACAUUAAAAAUAUAGUACUCCACUCGCGAGUAUCCCGAAGUAAUCUUGAUUUCCGGAUCUGAAAGUAUUGAAGUACCCAGCAUUUCUUAGUUUUUAGAAUUUCUUUCAGUUAUAGUUUAACAGGACUGUUGCAAUAACAGUCGUUCAGUAGUCACUCAUGGGUUCUUGUGUCUGACAAUGUGUUCAGGGGAUUUUAUUGAUUCCUAUUUUACAACAGAUUGUCCAUUUUAUUUUUUGUGGUCUGGCAAGCAUGCCUCCAGUUUAUGAUGUUGGCAGGCAAGGCCCUCUUGUGAACACGAUAGACAACUUGUCUCUAGGCACCAAAGCCCUGUAUAGUAUUCUAUUUCCUGCAUGCGAAGCAAACCUUAACAAGCACGUGUUUUUAAAGGAGCUCCCACUACAGAAGAAGCUUUGUUUCGAAAGGGCUUCGGCCAUAAAACGCAUAAUGUUGGCAGCCUGCCAGACAGUCGUGUAAAGAGAUUGCUUCCUUUCAAUUGCUUCACUGAGCAUAAUAAUGCUGGCAGCCUACUCCUUUUUGUGUUCAGUCAUAACGUUUUCAUUCCCCAUCAGCACAGGUGGCACCAGUAUCCAUUGUUCAAUCAAAAUAACAUCCCAACUUAGCCAUGUGCCAAUAAUGUUUAAAUGAUUGUCACAGAAGGCAUUCUCAACCUAAGCUCUCCUCGCGCGGAGGUCGGGCAACCCGCCUGUUUGCUACUUCAGCUUCUACACACCUCAUUUGUCCAACCGGUGCUUUUGUUUUUCUCCGGCAAGUCUCGCACCCCGUAACUUUGUCGCAACAGUGUUUGUACAUCUUCCGAAGCAACCCCUUUCCUUCGUAACUGUCUUGAAGCUGCUGCACUACCUAGGCAGGCACUUACCGUGGAGCCAACAGGGCACGAAGCGGCUGCGUUCUGCGCGAGCCCCGCUUUUUGUACAUAGCCACUUGCACCCAUUUCUGAAUGUGUCGUUUUUUGAAUCUACGUGGUGUGUAUGUAAUUUUCGCGGACCUCUGGAGAUGCUGUUCUUUCAGACGUCAAGAAUGUGACAAGAAGUUACGUUGCGCUCCCCCUUUUCUCUGCUACCACAUUUUAUGUGAGCGUGUAUGCAUGCGUGUGCGAGAAUGUGUACCCAUUGCGCGACGUGAGUGAUCAGUCGCACUUGUAAACAAAACAAGAAAAAAAAUACAGAUGAAGAAAGGACGUGUGUGCUAAGGAUAAGGUGUGAAAACAAAGCAACCAGACUUUUGUACAAGAAACUCACUUUGUAACAUAUUUAUAGCAUACAUAUUUUUAUUAUGGUAUUGGUUUAGAGAAUUCACUAUCUUGCUCAAGUGAUUUCUUUCAUUAAAACAGUGUAUGAAAAACUGC